AUGUCAGGAAAAGUGAUCGGUCUAAGAGAAUCUAUAGCAGAACACAGACCUGUGAUUUCACGCCUGUGCUCUCUGGCAAAACGGUUGUCAGAACUAAAUCCCAACCAGGGUGACGAGUUCUGUCGCAAGGCUGCAGAGGCCGAGGAGCAGCACAGAGCCAUUAGAGACCGGGUCAAAGAGACUGCAAGCGUGCUUGAGGAGUCACUCCCACGAUUAACACAGCUGAACGAGAGAAUGACUCUCAUCAGAGAGAGUCUUGAUCGCCUGCGCAGUCGCAUACAGACGCCCACAUCACUUCAAGGACUCACCCCAAGGAUCCAGGAGCAGCUGCAGGACAACAAGCACACCCUGGCCGAGCUGUCCAAACUGGAGCUGGGCCUCAGCAGUGUUAAGACCCAGGCAGACGAGUUGCUGGCUAACACACAAGCAGCUGGCGAUGGAUCCAUUGGCACGGCAAUCAAGGAGCGCGUGUCCAGCCUGUCUCAGCUUUGGGAGGAGACACACACUCAGGCCCAGGAGAGGGACAGCUGGCUGCUCAAGCUCUUGGAUCUCGCCUCUAAGUUCUGGAGUGAUGUUGGGGAUGUUACGGCUGCUCUCAAUGAUGCUCAGCAGGCAGUUGUGGACCUCAACUCUAGUCGGUCGGACUGUGAAACAAUCCGGCAGAGCCUGGAAACCAUGCAGACUGUCAAGGAGGAUGUUGACAGUUUACAGGGAGAUCUGGACAUACUUGGCGUUGUGGGAAUGGACCUUAUGUCAGCAUGUGGAGAUACGGACAAACCCGAUGUCACAAAGAGCCUGGAUGAACUCUACUGCAUGUGGAACAACUUGAGCAAACUGUGGAACGAAUGUCACAAAAAGCUGGAAGAGUCUUUGCGGCUGGCACUACACUAUCAAGACACAAUGCAGGGUCUAUUUGAGUGGUUGAAGUCUGCGGAGCUGAGGUCUACUGAGGAGUUCAUGGUAGGAACUGACCUGGAAUCAGUUAAAGAGCAGCUGUGUGAUCUCAAGGAAUUCAAGCGAGAACUUUACCAGAAGAAGAUCGAGAUAGAAAGCCUGAACCAUCGCUUUGUGUGCCGACUGUCUCCAGGCUCUGAGCGCCCCUGCUCAGUCUCGCCGCUGUGUGACUUCAGAAUGCGCUGGGACAGCCUGGAGUCCGAGACGGUCAACAGACAGCAUCAGCUGGAGUGUGCUCUGUUGGGUCUGGGUCAGUUCCAAAACACUCUGGACGAGCUGCACACGUGGCUUUCUCGUACAGCGGACCAACUGCAGGGCAGCCAGCCAAUCAGCAUUGAUCUGCAGACCUGUGAAAUAGAGUUGGCCAAACACAAGGUCUUGCGUAACGACGUCAUGUCCCAUGUUCGCACGGUGGAGUCACUGAACCAGGCUGGCAGGGGGCUGCUGGAGGUCGGGUAUGGGGACAGUCCACAUGGUCUGCAGUCUCGGCUUGAGCAGCUCAAUGAGAGCUGGGAGUUUGUUCGCUGCGAGACUGAACGCAGGCAGCUGGAACUGGAGAACAGACAGAGUCAGGUCCAAGAUGUUACAAUGGAGAUUCAGGAUCUCCUGCAGUGGCUGGAGAACACAGAUCUCAGACUGUCCUCCUCCAAGACCAUGUGGGGAAUGCCAGACUCUGCCAGUGAAAGGCUCAGUGCACACUUGGAGUUGUGCAAUGAGACGGAGUCGAAGCUCCACGGCUUCACAGAUGUGAAGAAUGCCGUCCACAGGAUGCUGGAGGGCAGCGAUGUUGUGCGGGGGUCGAGCACAGAACACAGCCUCUCUAUUCUUGAACAGAAAUGGGCAUCUGUUUACAGCAAAGUCCAGGAGCGAAAGGCAAAGCUUACAGAGGGAUUGGGUCUGGCCAAAGAGUUCCACAGCAACGUCCAGGAGCUUCUCACUAAGUUGAGCAAAUGUGAAGAGUCCAUCGGGCUUCUUCCUUCUCCCAGCUUUGUCCUGGACACCGUUUGUUCUCAGCUGCAGGAUCACAGAACCCUGUUGAAUGAGGUGAGCUGUUACGGUGAGAAGAAGACCACAGUAGAGAACACAGGCUGCAGACUAAAUGAACUGAGCAGGAAGGAAGACUGCGACGUCAUACAUAACCUGAUCAUGACCGUCCAGGAUCGCUACAAAAAGCUCCAGCAGCGUUCCUCAGACAGAGGCAGGAUGCUGGAGGAGGUCAAAAAGAGCGCCAAGCGGUUCAGAGAAUCCUGGCGCCUUCUACUGGACUGGAUGACUGAAGUCGAACAGACAUUGGACACACAUAAAGAGAUUGCAGUGUCCCAUGAGGAGAUUAAACAACAGCUGACUGAGCAAAAAGAGUUCCAGAAACUGCUGAGGUCAAAGAGGCCCAUGUACGAGGCCACGCUGAAAAGCGGCCGCAGCCUCCACGAACGAGCUAAGACGAGCCAUGACCGACAGCAUCUGGAAAACCUGCUGGCUGAACUAAAAGACACGUGGGACACCAUCAGCGGCAAGUCCAUGGAGAGGCAACACAAGCUGGAGGAGGCUCUGCUGUUCUCAGGCAGAUUCACUGAUGCUCUCCAGGCACUCAAUGACUGGUUGUAUAGAGCUGAGCCCCAACUGGCUGAGGAUGUUCCUGUUGGUGGAGACAAAGACAUGGUCAAUAAUCUGAUAGACAAACACAAGGCGUUCCAAAAGGAGUUAGGGAAGCGAGCCGGAUGCAUUAAGACCCUGAAGCGAUCUGUGAGGGAUCUGACCAGGAGCAGCACAGCUGACGCUCACUGGCUCCAGGAGCAGAUGGAUGAACUGGGGGGCCGCUGGGAGGCUGUGUGUAAGCUGUCAGUCAGCAAACAGGACAGACUGGAAGCUUCACAUCAGCAGGCUGAGAAGUUUGAUGGCCUUGUCCACUCUUUCAUGGAACGCCUGACUGAGGCCGAGAGGGUAUUGAAAUACGGGCUUAUACCUGAGGAGGAGGAGAUCUUACUUGCCUUCCGCAAACAGCAUGAGGAGUCAGUGAGUUCUCUGCGGUCUCAGGCUGUGGAGCUGCAGAACAUCCAGUGUCUGGGUGAGGAGAUCCUGGCAUCCUGUCACCCAGACUCUGUCAUCACAAUCAAAUCCUGGAUCAGUGUCACCAAAACGCGCUAUGAGGAGGUUCAAACCUGGGCUCAGCAGCAGGGCCAGAAGAUCCACGGCAGCUUGGCGGUGCUGGAGGCAGAGAGAGAGGAAGUCCAGAGACUUCUCGACUGGAUCUCCUCCGCACAGGAAGCCCUCAACCUCAGAGACCAAGAGCCUCUGCCUGAGGCCACAGAACAGAACCUGGAACUCAUCGAGCAACACACUGUAUUCAUGGAUGAGUUGGAUAAAAAGUUUCCAGAGGUUGAAAACGCCACAAAAUCCUGCAAACUCAAGAGUGUUCCUAAACAGCUAGUGUCUCCCAGCAAAAGACCCCUCACAAAGAGGAGGAGCACUCUGAAGCUGCAGCCUGUUGUACCGGUUCCCCUUGAGCACCUCGACCCCCAGACCCCAGAGCUCAGUCAGCUGGUCGGUCAUUGGCAGAGGCUUUGGCUCCAGGCUGUGGCGAGACAAACCCGUCUGCAACAACACCAGCAAACACUCAAAGAGAUGGAAGAAUUUGCUAACUUUGACUUCAACAUUUGGCGAAAGCGUUACAUGAUGUGGAUAAGUCAUUUGAAGUCGCGCAUCUUAGACGUGUUCCGCUGCAUCGACCGCGACCAGGAUGGACGCAUCAGCCAGAAGGAGUUAAUCGACUACGUCCUCGCCUCAAAGUUCCCCACCAACUCUCUGGAGAUGAAUGCAGUGGCAACCAUCUUUGACGUGAACAGUGACGGCUUCAUCGAUUACUACGAGUUUGUGAGUGCACUACAUCCCAGCAGAGAUCCCUACAGGAAAACACUGGAUGCAGAUCAAAUCAAUGAAGAGGUGAGUCGACAGGUGUCACAGUGCAACUGUCCCAGGAGGUUCGAAGUGGAGCAAAUAAGUGCCAAUAGAUACAGGUUUGGAGAUUCCCAGCAGCUGCGGAUGGUUCGUAUCCUGCGCAGCACGUUGAUGGUGAGAGUGGGAGGAGGCUGGACGGCUUUAGAUGAGUUCCUGGUGAAGAACGACCCCUGCAGAGUGAAAGGUCGGACUAACCUGAAGAUCAAGGAGAAGUACUUGUCUCCUGCAGGAAGCAGAGCCAAGGGUUUGACUGUCAGCAGGUCCAACUCCAGCCUCAGCCUCUACAGCAGUGCCUCUGCCCCCACCAGCCCCAUGACACGCAAGGCAAGACCUCCACUCUGUUUGCUUACAAAUGGCUGCAGCAACAUCUUGUUUUUUUUAUCUUGA